AUGUCGCACGAAGCCCUCAACCCCAUUCACCCCUCGGCUCUCCCCCACUUGGACCCUGUGUUUGUUCGGCUCUACAAUGAACACGUCGCAAAUACUCCAGCAGGGCCAAUUGACCUCUCGAUCUUGCGAACAAAGUACUCUGUGCUUUACUCGUAUGGGACAGGACCCGCCCCGGCUUGUGCUCGCAUCUAUGAUAGCCAAGUCCCCGGUCAUAAAGGGGAUUUGAUUCCCAUCCGUGUCUAUGAACCAGCUUCGCCCGGGCCAUGGCCAGUACAUGUAGAUUUUCAUGGUGGAGGUUGGGGCCUUGGGGACCUCGACACCGAAGCGCACAUUUGCAAGCACAUCUGUGUCAAGGCAGAUGUCUGUGUGAUUGACGUGGACUAUCGGCUGGUACCAGAGCAUGCGUUCCCAAUCGGUAUCCAGGACUCAUUCGCAGCGUUGCAACACAUCCACGCUAAGGGUGCCGAGCAAUUCAAAAUCGACCCUACACGCAUAUCGCUAGGAGGUGUCUCAGCCGGAGGCAACAUCGCACUGGUGUGCGCUCAUCUCGCUCGUGAUGCUCAAAUCCCCCUUAGACUAGUUGCAGUUGGAACCCCAACAAUUGACGACAUCUCAAAGUACCAGUCAGCAUCAGAGGCACCGUGGCCAUCUAUGCAAGACAUGGAACAUGCACCCACACUUAACUGGGCGCGUCUUAAAUGGUUCGACAACCUGAAGUGGCAGAGUAUCGCAGCAGAUGGCCCGACAAUGGAAACACAAAUGGCCGCUGUGAAAUGGUAUGCCAGUGCACUGCAGGCACCGGACUUUACCCAGUUAUCCAAGACUAUUAUCUACACGGCAGGAUGUGAUCCCUUGCGCGAUGAGGGCGAGGCCUAUGCCCGGAAGUUGAUAGAGGGCGGCAAUGAAGUGAUUCAGAAACGAUUUGCCGGUGUACCGCACCCCUUUAUGCAUAUGGAUGAAUACCUGUGGCAAGCGAGGGAGUUUAUUGACUUGACGGCGGAGCAUAUCAAAACUACUCUACAUCAGAGAUAG